AUGGAUCCAGAUCCCCCAGUUGAGGAGGUAAUUGCUACAUAUAAUCAGUCACCUGAGGUCGGCAUGAGCUCUGAUGUCCCGCCUCCCGUAGCCUACCCUAUCCCAAAGGAGCCAAUGGAACGAAAGCGUCCGAUGUUCGAUCCCAACAAAUACGGGAAUCCUGUGGCUCGUAAGGUCGAAGAGGACAAGCAAUAUCCGAAACAGCCUGGACCAUCCGAUACCGAGCCGAAAUCAUCGCCUCCGGACGAUGCGCCAGACCCUGCGGAUAAGCUUGAAUCAACACCUCCAGAUGAGGAGCUACAGGGCAAGGACAAAUCGGUCUCAUCGUUUCCAGGCCUGCCGAAGGAACUUGAGGACAAGCCAGAAUCUCAAUGCUCAAAGACGUCUGAAACCCAUGAAACCAGUGUCCAACCUACACGGGUGGUCCAGACCUGGUGCUUCGAAAAGGCUACUCCUCAACCUGGCAGUGAAUUGGCAGAUCAAGCAACCAGAAGUGAUGACACCAAUCAGCUCAGUAACUCUGAGUACGACAACUCACGCCAUGAAUCAAUGGCUGAAAACACCCAGGGUGAUAUGCUUGUGCAAGCACCAGGGUUCAAUUGUCACCCCUAUGGUCAACUUGGCCGCAGUCGACCGACCAAAGUGACCUCACCUGAGUGUCGAACAGACCCUGCUAGAGUAGUCGAUGGUACUACAGCGCCUAGUGAACACACCCCUCCAGAGGACUUCGAUACCUCGGGAGCAUCCGCUAUCGACACAAACAAAGACUCAGUUGUGGCUGUUGACUCGUGUGCUCGUUCCAGUGAAUUUUCUGGUCAGGAAAGCCUCAAUACCCUCCAGGAGCCUUCCAUCACUAUGAGCUUAGAUGCCGCCACAUCGGCUCAUGAAGGCCCAAAUCCAGUCUCUGAUGAGGUUUCAGAACAUGAAGAUACCCAAUCUGAGGUCGCAAACUCAUCUUUCUCAAGCAUUACUCGUAAAGAACUCGAUGCGGAAGUUCGCUCAAAGCCACACAUUGCUCAUCAAACUGCCAUCAUGAGUAAACCCAUCGUUGAAUCUCACUCCAAGCCAUCGUCCUCCGACAAGGCCAGAGCCACAGUGAUUCCUAGGAAUACUGCUCACCAUCGUCAAAAUGCAGAGCCUCCAGUCACUUAUGAGACCUUGAAACAACCUGGAGAAAGUCCGGAGGAGACAAUGCGCCGUCUCCAGGUUGCCAAACAACGAGAAGUGGUAAUUAGUAUUCAGCAAACUCAAGACAAGAAAGGCGGACAUACUGCAAAUCUGGCUGAAUUGAAGAGUCUCAGAAAUCCUCUCACACCCGAUCAACUCAAAUCACUCGGCAUUUCAGCUUCACCCUCAAUUACGACUCCCAACGGCUCUCAAUUGUUCCCGGCAGUUACCCACUCGACACCCUCAGGAUCUCCAAGUCCACUUUCACUUCAACGUCCUAGCCAACCAGUCAAGUCAAAAGUUGGGAACUCGAAUGAAAGUCAACCUCGUCCGUCUCCUCUGGGUCAACUUCAUCGGUUUACCAACAGUGCCGACGAAAAUAAUCUCAGCGUGUACAAGAAUAAAUUGCUUGCACCCUGGACCUCCAACACCCAGUUUAGUCAUCAGGACGAGUGGGAAAUGGCAAAAGAGAUUACAACUUCAGUCUGGGCGACUAAUGACCACGCAGUUGAAAUGUCAGUGAGCGGAGACAGUGGUUCCAUGUAUCAUAUGGGGAUUGGCUGUGACUUAGGAGAAGGGGGACUGGGUGUAAGACAACAACCGGGGGCAAAGCCAGAUCCGAUCAUUGGAUGGGAUGGUCAACUGGUCCCACCACCUGUUGACUGGGAAAUGCGUCCUCGUUACAAUACUGAGCGUGGAUAUGUUGACGCUGGUUUCCUGGCAUGGCUCGGACAGACUGUACGAAACACUCUUGGUAUCGAUGCCCGUCCUCAGCUACAAUUCGAACGUGUUCCCACUGAAGUCGUCUUGGACUUGAGUUUGCAUCCUGAUGGUAUAGGAUUCGUCCCCCGAGAUGUCCUCAUCAGUGCAGGCAAUGCACAACAUUACGGCUACAACAUCAACCUGAAGACCGAAACAUUCCUGGACGCAGUUCCGACUUUGGCAGAUUUCGAUGCGGUGGGGCGAGUUGAUGGACGUCUUCCCGAGAAUCUCCCAUACAAAGACGAAACUGUAAACAUGCUGAUUGAGAGAAAGAUGCAGCAUGUACAACUUGAUACCAAGCGUUGGGAAGAAUACUGCAACGAACGCAAGGUGUCCGAGGAGAGGAGGCUUGAAUCCAUCAAGCAGGCCAUGGAAGUUGUGCCCACCAUUGAAACUCCUCGUCCCCGGGUAAAUCUGUAUCUUCGUCCAGCCUUGGAGCGCGACAUUCCUGGUAUGACUGCGGUUCUCAACUGGCACAUCAAGAACGGAGUACGCACGUCUGAACUUGGUCCUAUCUCUGAGCAGGACAUGCAAUUGCGCCUUGAUAUGGCCAAGCAGUCCAAGCUACCCUUCAUCGUUGCCAUCGAACGCACUCGCAGAAAUACCCAGCAGAAGUCAGCUAGACGAGCACUGAACCCCAACCAUCCCAUUCAGAACACAGGUCUAAACCACAAUGGUCUCGUCAAGGAUGAACAUGUCGUUGGCUGGGUAUCCGCGGUCGACUGGUCAUGCGUCGACUACGUUGAAUGCAUUUCCGCCGAGCUAGAACUUUACGUUGCUCAUGACUAUCGUCGGAAGGGAAUCGGUCGAUGCCUCUUGGAUUCUCUCCUAGAUGCCACCGACCCGGACUACACAAAAGAAGGAGGCUACGACUUCACGGUCGCUCCCGAGAUCGCGCACAUGUACAACUGCGGCGGCAAUCGUCAACUCCAUAAGAUCAUCUUCCAAGUUCGCACCUACAACAAACCUCUCACUGUCAAGGAGCAAAAGCGACGCGAUACCUAUCUCAGCCGUUAUUCAGGCAUUGCCAAUGGCAACGGAAACGUGAACCACGUGGCCACAGGCAGCAACGCAUCCGCAUCCACGGGAAAGCAAUCGGUGCAAUGGAGCAAGAACACGAACGAAAAGCCUGCCAAAGAGAGCAGCAUCAUCGACGACCUCGAGGACGACUACAAUCUCUGGCUGCGAAAAUGGCUGGAGGGUUUCGGCUUCGAAGAAGAGUCUUGCCUCAAGAAGAUCGGCACCAAGAACCGUCGCUUCCUCGACUCCCGCUAUCUCACGCGCGAAACCAGCUGGCAGCCCGCCGACCGCAAGUUGCCUGACUAUGCCGAGUAUCCCAUUUGA